GAUAAGUUGAUUGAUUUAUUGCAAGGGUUGAUUAAAUUAUUGUUAGGAAAAAACUGACACUUUACGAUUAAUAGCUAAUAGCAUAAAAUAUUUAGGCAAUAAAUUAGUAAAAAUUCACAUGUCAGUCAGUAGUUAACAAGACUUUGUGACAAUAAUGUCGCAAUUUGAUUUUGGGGACCAAAACGUGUAUGUGCAAUCAAGAGAGUACAAUAACAAAAAUUGUGUCCCAACUAUUUUUACCACAGAGUCCAAGGAAGAAGAAAAUGAAACUUUGCCACCGCCCCGAACCGUUUUAUUCCUGAGUGAGUUUAGUGGCACCCUUUUCCUGAUUCUUCUAACGUGCAUGGGGUGCACCUUGAAGUCAGAACUGACUUACAUCCAAUUAUGCUUUAACGCCGGUCUGGUGGUGAUGGCUAUAAUACACAUCCUCGGCCCGAUUUCUGGGGCUCUUGUCAACCCUGUUGUUAGUUUGGCUUAUUGGAUGUUUGGUAAAUGUAGUGUCAUGGACAUGUUGGUCUACAUAGUGGCACAAAUUUUAGGUUCCAUUGCUGGUUAUGGCAUUUUGAUGGUCCUAACUCCUAAGUUGUAUUAUGAUGAAAACGACCACUGCAUGAAUCUUCCAAGUAAUUUGAUCGACGAAUGGCAGGGUUUCGGUGUGGAAGUGGUAUUAACGUUCGUUCUGAUGUUGGCAAACUGUGCCACUUGGGACCCAAAGAACAAGCACAUUUCUGACUCAGUGUCCCUUCGGAUCGGAUUGACUGUUGUUAUAUUGAAUUUAGUGGGUAACAGUUACACAGGUGCCAGCAUGAAUCCGGCAAGGAGUUUUGGUCCUGCCAUUUGGAAUAACAAUUGGACAUCCUUUUGGAUUUACAUAUUCGGUCCACUGAUUGGAGGCGUUCUGGGCACAGUUUUUUAUAAAUAUAUUUUACUUAAGACAUAAAUAAAAGCUUUUAUCAUUUAUAA